CCGCAAGGUGGAAAGUCUCACAUCAAUUCUUCCAUAUGAAGGCAAAAACAACAAGAAAGGAGGCAUGUGAUCUCUCUCAUGAAACUUCUGCUUCUUCUUCUUCUUCUUCAACCAUAGCCUCACUUUCCGAUACUAAUUCUCUUGCGUGCCCAAAUAACUCACCAUCAAUGGACAGCCCAAAAUUAGAAGAAGUGCAACAUCAAAAUCACAAGCAAGAAGAUGAUGAUAAAGAUGUCAAAACCCCUCAUCUCGCUUUGGAUUUAAGCCUCGCCAGCGCCAAGGAUUUGAAGCCUGAACUCAACCUUAUAGAUUGUCUACACAACAACAUGGGGGUUUCAUCACAGAUUAAUCAUCCCUCAAGUACUAGCGCUAGUACGGAUGCCAUUAAUCCCCUGGGGGUUAACAAUAAUAGUGCUAGUAACAAUCAAGAACCCGAGCGACGGGUGUUUUCUUGCAACUACUGCCAGAGAAAAUUCUGUAGUUCUCAGGCUCUUGGAGGCCAUCAAAAUGCACAUAAACGUGAGAGAACAAUCGCAAAAAGAGGGAACCGGAUUGGUGGUUCGACCGGGGGAGCGUCAUCUUCAUCAGCAGCAGCUUUUGGGCACGAUUCAUUGUUGCAGCGUUACCCAAGCAUGGCUUCUUUGCCUCUGCAUGGCUCAUUCAACAACAACAGGUCUCUUGGGAUUCAGGCUCAUUCCAUGAUUCCCAAGCCGGCUUAUUUUGCAUCCAAUCAUGUUGGCUUUUCACCUAUGUAUGGGCAAGCUGGAUGGUCUAGAAAGCCUCUUGAUCAGCAACCGGCGAUUGGGAGGCUUGCACCGGAAAAUUAUCACAUGGGAUCUUCCUCAAUUGGUGGGGCUGCUAGGUUUGAUACCAAUAUUAAUCAAAAAUUUUCUACUCCUGUGGUUGAAGGAAUUGGAGGGUCGUACAAAUGGGACAGUGGUCCUCCUCCUAACCUGAAAACUAGUCAAGAAGAGUUGAAAAAGCUCGACUUGUCCCUCAAACUCUAGAGCAGCAGUAGUCCUAGUGGCACCAGUAGUUACAGCUUAUUUGUUUUUGUGACAGUUUUUUUCUAGGGCUCCUUCUUAUUGGAUUCUGUUUUUUUUUUUCUUUUUAAAAUAAUUAGUAGAUGUUAAAAUUGUUAUUUUUCUUUAUUAGCCGCAGAGGAAUUUGCUAUUCUUGAAUUGGUUAUUUUUAUCGUUUUGGCAGUUGGCAGAUUCUAUCGUGUAUAGCUUUCGCGAUCAA